AGUUGCAGUGAUUGCAGUUUUGGAGUCGCAUGUAAAAGUUAAAGAAAUCCUUUUAAAUAUUUUUAAUAAGUGUUUUACAAGAAAAGCAAUAAGAACCUCCAAUUGAUUUAAACGGAAAAUAUGGACACGAUGGAUUACGAUUAUUUCCAAAGUUACGAAGAUUUAGAGAUACACAAAUUAAUGUUGACUGACUCAGCCAGAAAUCGAGCAUAUAAACAAGCGAUUGAAGAUAACCGUGAGGAAUUUCGAGGAAAAAUUGUGUUGGACGUUGGUGCUGGAACAGGAAUUUUAUCGGUGUUUGUCGCCCAAGCUGGAGCAGCGAAAGUUUACGCUGUUGAAGCUAGCGACGUUUAUAAAAUAGCGGAAGAGGUUGUUAAAGAGAAUAAUUUUCAGAAUGUAAUUGAGGUAAUUCAUACUCGUAUUGAAAAUCUUCAAUUACCCGAAAAUGAAAAAGUGGAUGUAAUAAUCUCAGAAUGGAUGGGAUUUUAUUUACUUCACGAAGGAAUGUUGGAUUCCGUAAUAUACGCAAGAGAUAAUUUCUUAAAACCAAACGGGUUAUUAUUUCCCGAAUCGGUCACGAUUUAUUCCGCACCCUGCAGUGUCCCAAACAUGUACGAUGCUUGGGAAGACGUCGAAGGAGUUUCAAUGAAAAGUUUUUCAACUAAACUACGCGCACAAGCCUCCCAAAAGCCCGAUACAUCGAUAGUAAAACCCGACCAAAUCCUUGGCGACCCCGAAGUUGUGCUUUGGAUUGAUUUGAGAGAAGUAACGAUCGAAGAUUUAGAUUGCAUUAAAGCUCAACAUAUCGCCGUUGCGAAUAAAGAAGGACGAUACCAAGGAAUUUGUAUUUGGUUUACAUGUAUGUUUCCAUCAUCUUCCACCGAACCGGUUAUUUUAUCCACCGAUCCAGACGAAAUACCAACUCAUUGGAAACAAACAACCGUUGUUCUUCCUUCUGAAGCUUUGGUCGAAAAAUCCGAACCGAUGGCUUAUGAAUUAUUAUUAGUUCGAUCAACUAGCAAUGAAAGACAUUAUACAAUUGAAGUAGUUAUGUUGGAUCCUGAAGAGGUUGAACACCCAGAAUAUUGUUCAUGCCAUAUGACAAAGUGUAUUUUAGUUAGAGCUAUGUUAGAAAAAUAUGAAAACGAAAAGAACGAAAUGGAACAGUAAA